CUCUAAUCCAGAGGAAAAUGACAUUUUAAAAGCAGUGAAAACACUGCAUUCCUUUGGCACAGGAUGAAGAGCAGCUCAGCUCUUCAGUCGUAGAUCAUUGUCCAUUGUUCUCCAAACAGUCGACCACUAUUUCACACCAAGAGACUGUGGGCUGCAGUUCCGAGUCCUGGGCUCCUCAUGAAUGUGAAGUAAAGGGCUCUGACCCAGAAAGUGGUUCUCAGCAGGGUAAAAUGGGGUCUCGGAAAUGUGGAAGCUGCCUAAGUGGUCUGCUAAUUCCGCUUGCACUCUGGAGUAUAAUUGUGAAUAUAUUAUUGUAUUUUCCAAAUGGGCAAACCUCCUACGCAUCCAGCAAUAAACUCACCAACUACGUUUGGUAUUUCGAAGGAAUCUGUUUCUCAGGUAUCAUGAUGCUUAUAGUUGCAGCAGUUCUUCUUGUUCUGGAGAGUGAUAACAACUAUAAAUGUUGCCAGAGUGAAAACUGCAGCAAAAAAUACAUGACACUGCUGUCAAUUAUCUUUUCUGCCCUUGGAAUUGCUUUCUCUGGAUACUGCCUGGCCAUAUCAGCUUUGGGCCUUGUCCAAGGCCCGUACUGCCGCACCCUCAAUGGCUGGGAAUAUGCCUUUGAAGGCACUGCAGGACGUUUCCUUACAGAUUCCAGCAUAUGGAUUCAGUGUCUUGAGCCUGCACAUGUAGUGGAGUGGAACAUCAUUUUGUUUUCCAUUCUCAUAGCCCUCAGUGGGCUUCAGGUGAUCGUCUGCCUCAUCAGAGUAGUCAUUCAGUUAUCCAAGAUACUGUGUGGAACUUAUUCAGUCAUCAUCCAGCCUGGAAUCAUUUGAAUAAGGACAAGAAUGUUUUCCAUUAUCCAGUUAUGGUCAUCUAUCAAAGUCUCAUAUUUAGGGUUGAGGGCAAUGUUCAAAUGAUGUUUUCUCCAUUUGGUGUUUAUUAUAGCCAUUUGUGAAAUUUACAGUCCUCCCUGGAAGUGCAAAUUAUGCCACACUUUCAUUUAGAAUUUUUUAAGCAAUAUUAGUCAUGAUCUUUAAAAAUGUUUAUACACUUAGAUUAAACAAGUCUAUUUCUAAUAAUCUAUACCUCUGGAAAUAAAUAAGAAUACAAGAUGAAACUUUAUGCAAAUAUAUAUAUUUCUACAUUAUUUAAUAAUGUGGAAAAUUAGAAAAGCCAAAAAUUUUGAAGGUUAUAGGAAAAAUUAAAUAAAGCGUGGUACACUAGUUGUAAUAUUAUAUGGUCAUUACAAAUAAUGUUUUAAAGAUUAUGAAUAGUGCUAUGUGAAAUAGCAGAUUACAAGUUUAUGUUUACAGUAUAAGCAUAACCAUCUAAAACAAGUAAACAAACAAAACACCUAGUAAUCAAAACACUGGGAAAAAAACUAAAUCUAGAAGUGUUUACAUAAAAUGUCAACCGUGGUUGAUUUGCAUCAUAGGUGACCCUUCUUCCUACAUUUCUCUAUUUUUCCAAGUUUUCUUUACUAUGUUUUAUUGUCAAAAUGCUUUUUAAAAACUCAUAUUUUACCAUUAAAAUUCUCUUAUUUUCCAACCUUUAAA